GCGAUCCGUACAAUGCUUUUCAGAUAACCGGUUGUCAUAGCGCCGCUUUAAACCGUUGGGUAAUUGUUUUUGUUAGAUUUGUAAUUUGAAGAUCGAGAAAGUUUUUAAAGAGGAAAUCGUUACAGAGGCGAUGCGUCGGACAGUGUUAAGCCUGCUGGAAUAAUCAUCCUAACUAAUGUGUGAAAACGCAAAGCAAUUAUAAGGUUCCUCUUAAAGUCAGAAGAUGGCUUCGGAUGGUCAACACCAGCUAAAGACCACGCAGACGUUCCUAAGUGGCACGAGCGCUGCCCACUAUUUACCACACAGAGUGCAGCCUGCUAUAUACCACACAAAGGGAAAUCAGCUGCAGUUUAAGCGAGGUGUUCCAACUCAUCCGUCUAACUUGGCCACCCACUUUUCAAAUCCUUCGCCGAUUGUUAUAGAGAAGCUCGGUGCAAACCUGAAGAAAGUAGGCAGUUCCGAUGAAGACGAUCCUUCAAGACGUUCCAGUCCUUCGAUUUCCUUCUCUGUAAUAUCGGAAGAACGCCUGAACCUAGCUGUCUGGCUCGCUAAGAGAGAUUUGAAAAGAAAACAUUUGGUGGAAAAGCAGGAGGUUAUACAAAGUUUACCGGAACAUGAAGGUCCAGCCCAACCUUUAAAACCUGAUUUGAAAGCAAAACGGCACAUCCCUAAGGAUAAAAAUAAAGUUUUAAAGGCUGUAAAACCAGAAGUGACUAAGUCAGGUGCCCGAGUCUAUGUAUAUACAUCAGAUAAAAAUGGGAACUACCCACGUAUGUCGGACUCUCCGCCGACCCAUGAGACAGGGUCCGGAAGUAGGACAAUCCCAGAAACUGCACCUGAGCCAAGUGGCCUGGAGGUGAAGCGACUGCAGAAAGAGAUGUGUACCUACAUGCAAAAAAUAGAAGAACUGGCACACAAAGGACACGCCGGGGAGAUCUUGGAUCCUGAUGAACAAGCCAGAGGCCGGAUUCGCCAGAAGGAAAGAGCAGCACAUUCAGCUAGAACACUUUAUGUUCUGCAGCAACAGGUAAAAGAAUUACAGGAAGAACUAGAUCAACCACAGAAAAUCAAGCACACCAAAAAAUCCCGAACUAUGUCCAGGCUGGCAGCCGUCUACAGAGGAGCCAUUCGGGCUUUGCAGCUGUUUGUCACUCAGCUGAGUGAGCGAGGGGAGCAGCAGGUUCCAGCUCUUUAUAAAGAAUUGGUGCAUGUCGUCCGCCAGCUGACGCUCUGCACCGCCAAGGUGGAAACGGGCAGCGACCCCGCGGCAUCAAGCACCAUCUUUUCCAUCCUCCAGCAAGCUGAGGACCUUGAUCUCCUUCUUGAGCACAAAGUGUCCUCCUAUGGUAGAAGAGCAUCUCCAAAGAAGGUUGCAAGCAGAUCCCCAUCUGCUGAAAAGAGAGAUGACGAGCUACCCUCUAGACCUCCCGUUAAAGAGAAGAAAGGUCCACCUCCGAUCUUCAAGCAGCGGCUGCCUCUGGAGAAGUCAGAAGUCCGGAAACAGCCUGUGUUCGACAACACUCCUGAAUCUUUGACUACAGGGACCCAGACUGAGCCGAUACAUGUAGAGGACCCACCUACGCCAGAAAGGAGAGCAGCCCUUAGAUCUGGGCUGGAGGCCUUAAUACAAGCGGGGGGUCUAAAAGGCAUUCCCAGGGUAGGCACAGGACACGACAGACGCAAAGGAGUGCUACAAUCUCAUAAACCCCAGAGAUUCCGCCAGCCAUCCCAACCUCGAAGAACGGAACCAUAUCAGGGAGCACAUUUUCAAAAGAAAACAGUGGCAUUUGCACUGAAAGAGAAUCAUCCACCUGUCAAGGAGAAGAGGACUCCAUGGUUACCUCCCAAUAAAACUUCUCCCCCGGCAUCCCCGAAAAAGAUUCAUGUGAGGAAAGAAGAUAAGAGAUUGAACCGUUCUCCAACAAAAAAUUUGGAUAAUGAUAAUAUACUCACAAUUAAUCAACCUGAGAAAGAAGAUGCUAUUGCCAAAGAAGCUGUCAGGUUGGCUUGGCUGGACGCAGAAACGGCAAGAAGAAUACAAGAGUUGGAUAAUCUGUACAGGGAAGAAAUGUCCCGCUUGCAAAAUGUUCGAAAAUUCAGAGAACAACUUCUUCAAGCGAGUGAUUUAUCAAAAGCAGAUAAUACACAAAGACAGCGAACAUUCAACAAGGCGGAUCUGCCUGAGAACGUAAUAAAUAAAGGUUCACUUGAAACAGGCCAGUGUUCAAGAGAGGAUUCAGGGAUCCAAGAUGUUGACCUAGAGGCCAUGAUUCAGAGGAUAGAAGAAAUAGAGAAAUUCCAAGAAAUUGUUCAGAGACGUAACCAUGCUACAUACGCAGAUCCUGAAUUCUGGGCCCAGGAAGAAAAAGAUCGAACGAGUGCUGGCAAAGAAACAAUCCCUCGCUCUCCUCAUCCAAUUAUGAUCACCAAGCCCACGGGUCAGAGGGAACCAGUUGUGGACAUAUUUUUGGAGGAACCCUUUGAGGGAGAUUCACUACAAGUAAGCAAGGAAGAGUUGGCCAGAAGCUCGCCACUUGUUUUGCCUGAGCGGCCAACCGUAAAACCGAAAGGCCUGAUCGAGAUCUCUGUCCCGACACAAAUGCUGCAAAAUAUCAAAAACUAUCAUGACUCGUAUGAAUGUCGCCUCCGACGGACAUCUGACUCGAAAGAGGGAAGCUUCAACUCGCGUUACAUCUUCGAGAGUAUGGCAGAUGACCUCUUGGAAGAAGCACUGAACGAGGUAGCUGCAGAAUAUCUGGACCUAUGUGAUAGUUACGCUGAUGCUCUAUAUACCUCUGAAUUCUUGGAGCCUCUUAAAACAAGCUGAUAUGUUUAUUGAAUUGCUUUGCAAAUGCAAAUUUUAGCUCUUUUUUUAUAUUUUUGAUACUUUUUUAGAUUUGAAGUUUCUAUGUUGAUCAUAUUUGUCUAUUAUAUUGCUUGAAGUAAUCCGUUUUGAGGCCUUAAACUAAAUUCUAGUAACUUAUCACAAAAUGUGUUUUUGGUUAAUGCUGUAAUUACAAAGCGUUUUAAAUAAACAAUUAUUUAUUUCA